AUGGCUCUCCCCCCUCCGGAUCCACAGUAUGUUCUCCGAGGAGCUAACGAUGCAGUCAAUACUCUGUGCUUUCACUGUGCGGAUCCGGAACCUGAACUUCCCAUUCUUUUCUCAGGGUCUUCGGAUGGGCUGAUCCACAUCUGGAACAUAAAGACACGCAGGAUGGACACAACGCUGAAUGGUCACGGCGGAAAAUCCGUGUUCUGGGUGAAAACGUUAGGCAACCGAAAUACGCUUCUUAGCCAGGGGCGCGAUCAAAAUGUCUGCUUGUGGGACCUGGCGGAAGGAAGGAAGGACGUCACAGACUCUGUUUGCACAGAGAACGUUGGUUUCUGCAAAUGCUCCCUCUUGAAGGUGGCAGAGAGACGUUGGCUAAUGGCUAUGCCAGGCAAAGACUUAGAAGAGGUUCGGGUUUUGGAGCUGCCAUCCAAGACGUCAGUCUGUACCUUGAAGCCAGAGGCAGAAGCCAAACUGGGCAUGCCCCUGUGUCUCAAACUGUGGCAGCCUGGCGUUGGUUCGUCUCCUUCCCUUCUGGCUGGCUACGAGGAUGGGUCAGUGGUACUGUGGAAUUUGUCGGCGGGGAAAAGGCUGAGUCGACUCGUGUGUCAUCAGGAGCCAAUCAUGGCCCUUGACUUUGACUCGGAGAAGGCCAAGGGGGUGUCGGGCUCGUCUGAGAAGAUGCUGAGUGUCUGGAGCCAAAACGAGCAGCAGAACCUAGAGAUUCAGCAGACGUACCAGCUCACCAACCCUGGGAUUGCUGACAUGACCCUCAGACCCGACAAGAAGAUUUUGGCCAGUGCUGGCUGGGACUACCGCAUCCGUAUCUUUGGCUGGAAAAAGCUGAAGCCAUUGGCCGUACUGGACUACCACACCGCAGCUGUCCAUUGCGUGGCCUUCUCAGACCACAGUCAGCCCAGCCAAAGACUGAUGGCCGCGGCCUCCAAAGAUCACCGCGUCAGCAUCUGGGCAAUAUAUAAUCAAACUUGA